CAGGCGGAAGUAGAGGGGCUUCCGCUGAGCCUGCCAGGUACUUGUGGCUCACAAUGGCGGCCUCCUUGUCCGGGAAGAAGAUCGUGUUUGUCACGGGGAACGCCAAGAAGCUGGAGGAGGUCAUUCAGAUUCUAGGAGAUAAGUUUCCAUGCACUUUGGUGGCACAGAAGAUUGACCUGCCAGAGUACCAAGGAGAGCCUGAUGAGAUUUCCAUUCGGAAGUGUCAGGAGGCAGCUCGCCAGGUGCAGGGCCCUGUACUGGUGGAGGACACCUGUCUGUGCUUCAACGCCCUUGGGGGCCUCCCUGGCCCCUACAUAAAGUGGUUUCUGGAGAAGUUAAAGCCUGAAGGUCUCCACCAGCUCCUGGCUGGGUUCCAAGACAAGUCGGCCUAUGCACUCUGCACGUUUGCGCUCAGCACUGGGGACCCGAGCGAGCCUGUGCGUCUCUUCAGGGGCCGGACCUCGGGCCGGAUUGUGGUGCCCCGUGGCUGCCGGGAUUUUGGCUGGGACCCCUGCUUUCAGCCUGAUGGAUAUGAGCAGACGUACGCAGAGAUGCCCAAGGCUGAGAAGAACACCAUCUCCCAUCGCUUCCAGGCCCUGCUUGAGUUGCAAGAAUACUUUGGCAACCUGACUCCUCUUGGAGCUAGUGAUGACCACUCUGGCUGAGGAUCCGGGGAGGGCUAGCCGGAAACCGCCGCUAUCAGGCAGGCACCCGUCCAAGUACUGCCUUCAGGGGUACCACUUCCUGGGGGUGUUACCAGCCGUCAGGAGCAGCUGGCUCUGCCUGGAGAAACUUUGGCCAAAGGACACCAUCCUCCUGCCCUCAGGGAUUCAGUGGCUUCCUACAGCCUCCAGGCCUGGAAUCCGGAAAGGACCUUGGGUGUUAAAACUGGCCUUGGCAGGGUUGAGGGUUUGGGGAAGAACCACACAAACAGCCUUAGAUGUUUUUUAAAUGCAGCAAAUAAAAAUUCGGGAGGGUACUUGCUUCCAAAAUAAACUGGGUAUAUUUGCUUUGAAA